CUAAUUGAAUUAGUUCAAAAUUUGAAAUUGAAUAUUGAAAACGGAUAGAAAGAAAAAUAGUACAAGUAAAGCAAGUAGGGGUAAGUUUGUCGAAAGCACAUUCACAUUCACAUGUCCCAAGAAAGUAUAGUACAACUGCAAGCAAUUGUAACGUUGAAAGUGGCAUAAACCAAAUUAGAAGAAAUGAACAUUUAGCAAGUAGAAAAUGUGUUCCCUCUCAAUCUCAAUAUCAACCACCACACUUGUGUUUUGUCUUCUUUUAUUAUCAGUAGUCUCAUCAGCUCACCAUUGGCCAGGCUUCAUCUACACAAGAUCCACAGGAACAUGCACUCCACAGUUCUGGAGCGGUAGAAAAGAGACAUGGCCAAGGAUGGUACCAGAAACAUCAACGGUAUCCAAUGUGUUUGGAUGGAGAGUGUACGAACGGUACAGAUCAGAUCUGACGUUACUUGAAGCAACGGCUAGGAAUGAUGAAGUGGAUAACCCUUUCGGAGGGUUGUUGAAAGAAGGAACAGCGGCACUGUUAAACUCGUAUGCAAGAAAAGGUUUUCCUUUUAAGCCUUGGCAGGUUAAGACUUUGGUCAUCAAAGCAUUUGUUUCCGACCUCGCUGCUCUUUCUCAAGCCAAACUUUUCUCUUUGGCUAAUCAUGCUUGUUCCUAAUUUUUUAUUUAUUUUAUCUAUUCAUAUUAUCUUAUGCUCUUUUUUUAAUGGGAAUGGGAAUCACUGCUAUGUGAUGUUGAUUUGGAAAUAUGGUCGUAUCAACUAUCAAGUACUCGAAAUUAUUAAUUACUUUUUCUAUUAAUCUUUCAUUUUCUUUUUC